CCUCAAUUACGCGAUCUCAUCGAUCCGAGAUAUUUUCGUGAUAUUGUUAGAACAUUUAAGCUUGAUUCUGCAUUGAAUGAAGAAACACAUCGUUCUGAAAUCGCACCGCUUCUUAUUCGGGUACUUUUUGGGAGAUUACAACUCGCUAAUGGGCAACAUGCAAAUGCCAUCCUCAGCAAUCUGGCCAUCUGUACAGACUCUGAACUUGAUAUCCUUCUGGAGCUUCUUAUUAGUCCCCUCUUGCCUAGCGCGUCAGGAUGCAAAAUUAUUCCCACUGAUCAUGCCCUCGACCUCUCGGAUUUCAUCUCUCAGUUGAGAGUAGAUGUGAAAAAUGCAAAACAGAUAGCUUUGUUUCUUCCACAUAAUCAAUUAACCACUAAGUCGAUUCCGGCCUCGCUUGGAUUCGGAGAUACUUUGCUUUCUUGGUCUCGUCUUCAUGCGUAA